AUGGCUUCUCCAACGAGCCUCAAGAUCACUAAUCGAUCUGCGAAAAAGCCCAUCAAAAAGCUCCCCACCAGCAUUGAUGUCACUGACAAGACCACUGUUCAGGAUGUCAAGGUCCUAUUGGCAAAGCAGGCUGGAGGCAUGGACCCCGAACGGCUUGGUCUCUUCGACGCAGAGAAGAAGAAGCUCUUGAAGGACAGGAGAGCCAUCGUCAGUCAAUUGCAGGAUGUGAUGGCUGGAAAGGAAAUAUUGGUGAAGGAUCUUGGACCUCAAAUAACAUGGACGACCGUCUUUAUUAUCGAAUACCUUGGUCCUAUCCUCAUCCACCUUAUCACCCCUCUUCUCUUGCGACCCUAUAUUUAUUCCUCCGCACCUCCUCUCACCACUUCGCAAUACCUAUCUAUGGCAAUGGUUAUACUACACUUCCUCAAGCGCGAGUACGAGACACUAUUCGUGCAUAGGUUCUCCUUAGCAACAAUGCCAGCUUUCAAUAUUUUCAAGAACUCGGCACACUACUGGGUUUUGUCUGGAUUUAAUAUCGCAUACUGGGUUUAUGCUCCGAACUCCUAUACCACUCUCGAAGGCUCCAUCAUAAAUUAUAUCAAUGCUGCAGGGCUUGUGCUGUUCGUCUUCGGGGAGCUCAGCAACCUUCAUACACACAAAACGUUGUCUAAUCUGCGAAGUCCUGGAGGCACUGAACGUGGCAUUCCCAAAGGAUACGGAUUUGGACUUGUCACCUGCCCUAAUUACCUGUUUGAGCUCAUUGCAUGGGCUGGCAUCACUCUUGUGACUAAGAGCGCCAGUACUGCUCUCUUUGAUGUUGUUGCAUGGUGGCAGAUGAACCAAUGGGCGAUCAAGAAAGAGAGAGCUCUGCGGACGGAAUUUCCCGACAAGUACAAGAAGAAAAAGUAUGUGUUACUUCCCAGUCCUGGGGCGGUGAUCAAGUACAUUACUGGUUGA